AUGUCGAUAGACGCAAAUAAGAAUAGGACACUCAUUGGAGUCAUUGGAGAUGAAGACACAGUUACCGGUAUGCUGCUGGCGGGUGUUGGUCAAGUUACUUCUGAGCCGGGAAAGGAGAAGAAUUUUUUGGUAGUGGAACCAAGAACCUCAGAUGAUCAAAUUGAAGAGGUCUUUGAUCAGUAUACUGAAAAGCGAGAUGAUAUUGCCAUAUUACUCAUUAACCAACACAUUGCCGAAAGAAUAAGAUUCAAGGUAGAUACAUUCACUAAGGCAUUUCCAGCUAUAUUGGAGAUUCCCUCAAAGGACCAUCCAUAUGACCCUGAGAAGGACUCAGUGCUGAGAAGAGUACGCAGACUCUUUGGAGAAUAA